GUCGGAGGCUCCAGUCCGACCUCAGCAUCACUCGUGGUGGUUUCGCGCGCGCAUCCGCCGCUAAAGUGAGACCACUUUCCAAGAGGAAAAAAAUCGAGAUUCCGUCCUGUUUCCGGCGGUACCGGCCGGUACCGUCCCCGUCGUCGCGUCGCAUCAACCAACUGGCGUGAUAAAAAAUUUCGAACGGUGAGAUCGUGUCGAGAUCAUCGAAAAGUCGCCGAGAAGAAUCACGAGGAGUGCGUUUUAAUGAGAGGGGAAACGAAAUCAAACGUGCGGGAAUCAAACCGCGGCCAGUCGACGGGUGCGAGUGAGUGAGUGAUCUAUCGAUCGCUGACUAGGAUCCCAGCUAGUGAGCCGCGUGUGCGAUUAGGAAAAGGGUAGAUCCUCUCAGCUUUGGGAUAUUUCAACGUCUCAACUUGACAGCAACACGUUUGUUUACCGCUUGUCGAGCAACCUGUUUUCUUUUCGCGCGCCUCGUGAGUUUCGUCGAUCUAAGUGCUUCCAAUCCGGGAACGGUGAAAUGUAUUCGCGGGAAUGCGGGGAUUUUCGACGAAAGCGCGGGAUGAUCGAGGAAUUCUGUUCGACGUAGAGGAGACGCUUGGGAAUUCCCGAAGACUAAGUGUGCGGCGAGAAAGGAGGAGCGUUACGCGGUAUCGCGGGGAAUUUGCCGAAAAUCGCAGUGGAAAAAUUUGUUUCGCGGGAUAACUGUCUUAGAAUGUGCUCGAGAUGCGCGAGUAAUUUGAAAUAAAUUUGAUCCCGGGAUUCUGCGGCGGCGGGAUGACCGUUGAAGUGAGAAUAUCCGCGAAACACAUUCAGUGAAAUCCGGAUUAAAAUGCUCUCACCUGUGCGAAUUUUUCUAGUACAAAAUUGUUACCCAAAUACGACGAGUGGAACAUUGCGGCGCAUUUUCGUCAUUUAAAAAAAAAGGACCCCGAAAUUAUCGAGGAAAAAUACAGCCGCGGAACACUCGAGGUGCAAUCGAGCGGAAGGCUUCUCGCGCGUUUCGAACGUGAUAAACUUUAUGCGAUUUUUGCGGGGAACGGAUACGCUUUGGAUACGCCUCUGGAGAGAUUCGAAGGUGCUCAAAUUUGAAUUGAACCAAUAUAACGUUCGACGGAGAUAUUUCUGCGGCGGUGCGUAAAUGUGUCAGCAAAAAUCCGCAUUAAAGCUUCGGCGUCGGGCUCUCUCCAAUAUCGAUAAGCUUCGCACGAGUACGAAUCCUCUGGUUUUAAGUGGCACUUGAAUGCGCGAGAGCUCGCCCGCGAAUUUACCUCGAAAAGUGGCGCGAAUCUCUCGGCUCCGCUGCGCUCGUAAAAAAUCUGGUUUUUAUUUAUAGCGGCACGCGUAUGGUCGUUAACAGAACUCUGCAGAUUCGGACAUUCAAUUUUUACUGGGAGAGUAACGUGAGUUAUAAAUUGAAUACAUUAUAGAUGUAUUGCAGAUUACCUCUGUGUCACGAGGUAACGGUAAAAAAUCAAAGAGGAAAAGGUUUCAAGGAAGCUGACAGUGACGUGGAUUUUGAUUUGCGAUAGAACGCAUAGUAUAUUUUAUAAAAUCCAUGUACAUACAAUUAGAGACCUAUUAAAAUUUGGGAAUUAAGGUCGCGCUCGAAGGAAGCGCGCGUAAUUUUUCCAUGAAGAAUGAUAAAGUUUGCAAGAACGAUAGGCCGCGUCGCGGAGAGACGUACGCAAUCGGGCGAAAUCCAAGUCAUAUUUAAUAUUUAAACGAUCAGCGCGUGCCCCCGUUUAUAAAGGUUUCGGUAAGAAUCCCAUUUACUUUCACAAAGAGCGUGAAGGAUGCCACGUUCUUCGGGCCACCGCAUUAUUCCGCGUGCGAAUUCUUGAGGGUCUUUCGGUCGGAGUACAGGCAUAGUUGGUCCCGAGCGGAAGUUAUAGGGAAGUGCGCGGGAAGAGUAAGGGACGUUUGACGUCGAGAUGCCGCGGUGGUCCGCGAAAGGAGAAUCGUGAAUGCUCCUACGCGGAGUAUUGCGCCCGUAAAUACUCGUCGCGAGUGAAACAACGUAAAAUUCGUCGAGGAACACGUCGUAAGACGCGCGGAGGUCUUGACGAUAACGACGGCCGCGGCUCGCCAGCGCCCGUCCUCGGAGUGUUUCAAGUGCUCGGAGAACCGUGAAGAUAAUAGUGUAGCACACACGUCCGAAUGUAUGGUGACUGUUGGAACGGUAGCGCACGUGAACUGUAAAAAUACAGUCGCGAUAACAGUAACGUCGCGCUGCUCUCCCUUACGUGACCAGGCGUGGCGUGUUCUUCGAAAACGAUUACGCCAAGUGCCGCAGCGAAAAGUACUUGUGAGACCGAAGGUCCGACUGACCGCUUGAUGUACCGCUUUCCGACGUGCAACUGCGGUUUUCGGACGGCCGUAGUGGUUGUGCGAGAAGCAAAGAUAACAGUUACGGUUGACAUUAGAGCGCCUUUCUCGUCGAAGUGUCCUUUGCAGGCGUGAACUUUUUUAAAGUAUAAAGUGCAAUCGUGAUUACCGUUUGAACUUUUUAUCAGCGCGUUUUAUCGGCGUAAUUAGCCGCCUUUUGAGAUCGCAACACAUCGGGAUAAAAUUACGGCACGUGUUGUACCUAAAUUGUUACACUAGUACGGAACGUAUAUGAGGGAACGUCACGGAGUUAUGCAAUUAAACGAAGAAUAUUGCGAAUGUUGCAGAAGUAAAACAACGAUUACAUUGCGUAAUUAGUGCCGAAAUACGGCUUUUGUGGUUAAAAAAAGAAAAAGAUAAAUAGUAACAAAUCGUCCAAAAUACAGAAUUACGCUCCGCGCGUAUCUCGAAAUAAAAUUGUGUACGGUGACUAAAAAGAAAAAGAGGAAUAUAUAGAAUAUAUAGGAAAUAAAACUCGCUUUUUCGCGAUCGAUAGCCAAGAUAAAAUCAUAAUAUACGAUAUGCGCGACCGGCAGUAACAAUAUUGACAUUGCCAACGAGUGAAACUCUCUUCUCGUCAUCGUCGAUUACACGUUUUUCGGCGUACGCGAAAGGCUGCGGUCGUGGACGGGAAAGUGUUGACCGGUGCGUUCUAUUAAUUUUCCAUCGCGUGGCGCAAAGUUUUUCGCGAGUUAAAGCCGAAAUUGGAGCAGCGCGACAGUUGCGUGCCACGAGAGAAGAUCGCACGCGACGUCGUCGUGGUGGAAAGUAAAAUAUGCACGCGGGUAAAAGUGUCGAUUGUAUACUCGUCGAGAGCGCCGCGAAAUUCCGCGAGUAAAUUGCUAUCGUUCUCGCGCGAAGCAAUCUGUAUCAUCAUGUGUUCUCCAGCGGAGAACUAUUGAACGCUCUUGAGUGUCGGGGAUUGUGUUGCGACGCGAGAUCGUAGCCGUCGCCUUGAGAAUCGAUCGUACGAGAAGAGUGCCGAGCGUAAGCUGUGUUGGAAGUGGUUGGAUACUUCGUAGCGAGUGUCUCAAAGGGUUGUCCCUUUUUCGUUGCGUUCUCAUCUACUACCCGACUCGAUUCCGUGCCAUUGUCUUCCGACCGUUCGAUUCGGUGUUUCUCGUGAAAAGCGAUUUUCUCGUGUAUACUGCUGGAAGAAGAGGAGCGCGACUUGUUCGAAGGAUUUCCAUGGAAUAGCUACUCACGAUGAUCAGUAUGAAGUUUUUACGCGUCAUCCUGGCGCUGUUGGGAGGCUCGCACGUUCUGUGUGCACAACCAUCGGCGUCUCCAACUGUGAAAACCGGUGGUUCCAGUAUCGCUAGCGUGGUAGCAGGAAGCAAGCCGACGAGAUCCUGGGAUAAUAAACCUCAAUUCGACGAUAUCGCACCGCGAAAUAUCACUGCUAUCGUCGGUCAGACGGCGGAGCUGAAUUGUUAUGUCAAGCAUCCGGGCGACCGUGUGAUCUCCUGGAUACGUAAGAGGGAUUUGCAUAUCCUGACGUCAUCAACCCUCGCCUACACGGGGGACGCAAGAUUUUCCGUUAAGCACCCUGAAUCAUCCGACGAAUGGACGCUGAGGAUCGAGUACGUCCAACCACGGGACGCCGGGAUUUAUGAAUGCCAGGUUAACACCGAGCCCAAAAUGAACUUAGCCUUCUCGUUAAAAGUCGAAGAAAGUGCCCCUGUCCCUGCCAUCACCACACCAAACGCCAUUCACCGGACGUUCAACUCAGCUGCUCAGGCGACGAUCCUGGGGCCGGAAGACGUCUACGUAAAGAAGGGUAGCACGAUAAGCCUUACGUGCGAAGUGAAUGUGCGAAGUACACCUCCCAGUAGCGUUUCCUGGCAUCAUGGAGGGGCCGUGGUGGAUUUCGACAGUCCCAGUGUACACCGCAGGGGCGGGGUUUCCCUGGAGACGGAGAAAACGGAUACCGGGACGACAAGCAGACUACUGGUGACACAGGCCAGAUUGACCGACAGCGGAAAUUACACCUGCAUCCCUAGCAACGCGAAUCCAGCGAGCGUAAUGGUCCACGUGCUGAAUGGUGAACAUCCGGCGGCGAUGCAGCACGGCGGCAGCUGCGGCGUGGCCCCGACCAUUUUGCUCGCCAGCAUCACCCUCAUAAUCGCGAACCUGUUAAGGUGAGCAGCCGCGUCGUGAAUCGCGCAUCUUAAUUAAAAAGAAAGUUAAAUGUCAACGGCCGGGAGAGACAACGUCCAAAGUGAACGCGCGCGCGCGGCGAUCGCGGAUCAGCGCGAAUCGAAACGGUACACGCUCGGAAAAAUCGCCCGGCCGACCGCGAUAGAUCGCUUUAGCUCACGCCUCGCUGUCACACGCUGCGUGUAUCCGUUCGUCGAGUGUUCGCGGCAGCAACGACAAGAGAAUCACAGUGCGGACCGAAGUGCAGUGGACCAAAGCUCUGUGAAGGGACGCAGUGACGUGGCGGACGAUCUUUAGCACGUACGUUUUUAACACGAAAAUCUUUCACAGACUCGCCAUUCUUUUAUAUGAAAUCGUGUUAAAUGCAUCGCGGCAAAAAGUGCCGAAUUAUUCUCAACAUCCUCUCCCGGGUAGAUGCGGUCGAGCGUUCGUUAAAGGGGAGCUCUCUUGCACUUGUGCUUUUUGUAUAAUUAAAUCGGCAUGUUAACCGUGCCUCAACGAAUCUGCGUGGACUCUCUCCCUAAUGAUGGAAAAGAACUGCUCAUCUCGUGAUUUUGCGUUGCGAGAACUCCGUUAGAAUUUGUAUUUUAACUAAUUGAAUAAUGGCCUCGUAGUCUUCUACGUAAUACCGAAGGACGAAGCUGCACUUGGCGGAGAGUCGGAUUAACUGUUUGCAUGAUCUGUUACGAUUGCCAACGCUUUCGAAUCGAGUAUAUCGAUGGCUGGAUCCGUUCGAUGGUUACGAAAUGAUUAUUACACAAAUCGAAAUUUAUAAUCUAACGAUUAUCAGCUAGUUGCGUAAUAAUUACCAGGUAAUUAAGGCUCUUGUACAUAAAACGAGUAAUGAGCAUGUAGAAUUUGCCGUGACCUUGUACAGUAUAAUGCACGUGCGAGAAUUGCCACGUGAUCGAGAAUCGUUCGACCUGGGCAAUAUUGUAUAUAGCUUAUAUCAUUGGUUAUAAUAUAUUUGUAUAGUAUACAUAACAAAUUUGCGAAAUGAUUAAAAUCUUCUGACUAAAAUCUUGUACCUCGAGCGCAAUGCGGCAUCUCGAACGUGCCAGAUGUUUUUCGUAUACUUCUCGAGUUAUGUAUACUGUACACGCAUAAAUCAAAUUUGCCCAGAUUUGACUCGUUUAUAUAGUUUUUGUUGAACAUGUUCAAUGUCUAUUAUUGAGAGAGAAUUACGUUGGUAAGGAAUUGAUUGCCAAGGUGAGAAUGAUGCGGUGAUUUUCUUUUUUCAAAAGACUGUGAGAAAAUCUGAUCGCAAAAAUGAUUUGCAUCAAACUGAAGGUAAAAUUAAAUUUUCAUAUUAUUAACAUAUUUACAAUGUCAAUGUGAUGAUGAUAUGUUUAUGAACAUCAAAAAUGUUAUUUAUUAAGUGCAUUCUUUUAAUAUGCGAUAAAACUGUUUAAAGAAUUGAAAAGUUAUAUAAAAUAUUUCUUUGUGAAAUUUCUCGGAUGUUGUUAUAAUUGUAACAAACUUUUCUUGCAUUUACGCUCCGAAUAAGUUUUUAAAAAUAUUGAAUUUCUAUGAACCUUAUUCUUUCUUUAAAAUACAUAUUUGUGAAAUACCGAAAUAUAAUUUCUGGAAAGGAGUCUUUAACAUGAGAGAAAAAAAUUGACAUUGCAUGGAAAAAAAAACGAAAUUAUUGUCUACAUAAAUCGUCAUGUUUCGAUUAAUUUUUAUAUUUUAUACGAAUAAUCUUGUGAGCUCCGUUGAAGUCAUCGCAAACAAAUUCUGAUUUUACAAAAGAAUUUUUUAAAAUUAUAUAGAUUAAUAUGUAAUUGUUUCUAAUAUCAGGAGAGAGUAUUUACAGUAUACGAAGUUAUACCAUCAAUGAACGAAAGGGCUACCAGAACUAAUCACUUUAGUAAUGGCAGUAGAUAGGUCCUCGAUAUGUUUCUGUUUGUUUAACAAAUAAACAGGAUUUUUUAAAUAAUUUGUUACAUUAAUACGUAUCUUGUUUUAUCAAUAAUCAAAGUGCAAUUUGUCAAAAGUAAUGUUUUUCUGUCAAACAUGUACAUCACUUCACACUUCCAAAAUUCAUUCAAAUUUGAGCUAUGAGAAUAUCAAAAUGAUUUUUUUUUAAAUCAAAACGCGAUAAAAUUAAUUCAUCGGAUUAAUCAAAACGGACGUCAACGAUGGUAGAUAACGGAAUGUUAUAUUAAAAUGUAUCACGAAGCUCGUGCAUAGAUAAGUGAAUAUAUGAAAAGAUAAUACGUAAAUAUAUUUAAAUAAGUCAAUAAUAAACAUUCGUUAUGUUUUAUGAUAAUAGUAUGGAAAGUAUAAUUCGAAAGAUCAAAAUGUAAUUAUAUAAAUGAAAUAAAAGUUCCUUUGCAGAACUAAUGAAAAGUCGCCUUUUAAUAUCUCAUUUAAACUUUCUAUGAUAUAUCGAUAAAAUAGAUUAUCGAUUAUUAUUAUUAAAAAAUUAUUGAAUUACAAAAUCUUCAGAUUUCAUAUAUUUUGCAAUUUUAUUUUAUUUAGUUAUAUUUUUUUCUAAAAAAUUAGUAACGUUGUAAAUAAUAAGUAAUGGAAAUGAGAUUUUUGAGGAAAAAUAAUAGGGUGACUUACUUAAUUUUGCAAGUGAAUUGAAUAUUUGUAUAUAAUAGACGUGAUUGUACUAUUAAUAUUUUAUUUUAUUUAUUAAUAUUAAAUUAUAGUGGUCUUCCGACUUUAAUGCCAGAUUCGAUAUUUCCAUCAGAUUCAGAAGGAUGAACGUUUAAAUUAUUCGUCUUCCUAUGUAUUGAGUUAAAUCGAUUAAAUCUUGAUUAUCUAGCUAAGAUUAUCGAGUACUUUUAAAUGACUUUUCAGAUUAAUUUCUUUCAAUCCAAGUUGCUUUUUCUGAGAAGGAAAAAAUAGGAGAAGAAAAGCAAGAUCCUAGAUAUGAUCAUUAAUUCCACGCACGUACUAUAGAAUAUAGCAGUAAAUCAUUAGGUAGUAGGUUUAUUACGACAUAUAAUGUAAUAUGAGUAAAGAAAUAUAUCAUAAUGAUUAAAAUGUUAAGAUACGAUUUAUCUUAGAACCCAUAGGUUUUUUUAUAACAUUGUAGCUCGGAAAACAAAUUAAGAUCUACUCACUGUUGAAGAUUGUGAAAAAUGCAUUUCUGAAUUUUCAUUCAGAAUCAGAGAGGAAAUAUCGUAGUGCUAUCAAUUUGUAUAUAAUUUUUUAUGUUGAUUUACUAUGUUGAUAUAUCAAGUAAAUCGAAUCCUAUAUAUUCCGGGUAAAAAUUGCGAAUCACAGAGAGGGAGAGAGAGAGAGAGAGAGAGAGAGAGACCGACGUAAUUAUAUAAAAGUGAUCAAAGUGCAAAGUGGAAACAUUUUUUUAGUUUAGUUUGAAGAAUCACUUCCAUCGAACUACUGGUGUGUCGAAUCAAAGUAUUUAAUCAAACUCAAUUCGAUAAAAAAAAAAGUUUAUAUUCACGAUGCUCCGUGUUUCGGUGGUUUCCGAUACGUGGCUCCACCGUGAUUUUUCAUACCGAACCGUGGCUGAGUUAUUAGGUUUAAAAAUACAUUCCUGUGUAUGAAACAGUGAUCAAACAGAAAAAUAUCGAGAGGAAUAUACCUACUUGUGAACUAGAUAAUCAAUAUCCGCGAUUCGCAUACUUACGGAAUGUUGCACAUUACAUUAGGUAAGAGACUAGACUGCAUUGUACAUAAAAUUCAUAAUCGAUUAUGUAUCAUGUUAUAAGGGAACUUAAGCAUGAAUCAAAAGGACAGAAUUAAAAGCGAAAUGGCGAUAUAGAAUACUAUAUUGUAAAAAUAUUCAUCGACGUGAAUACUGUUUCAAUAAAUGUAAUGAUGAUAUAAAAAAAAAAA